AUGGCCGCCUCAAGCACCCGCGUCCAGGAGCAGAAGUUAGCAUCGCCGGAUGCUAGCCAUUCGCCAUCUCUUGGUGAAGGAAUGGGCACAACAACUAAGUGGAAAGAUAACCUUGCCGAGCUCAAGUAUACAUUCUUUACCUUGGAUGGCUGGAUCGGGGACUAUGAUUACAUGUACUUGAUAACGCCCAACAUCUGGCCCCUGAACAGAAAGUACAAGGACUACCAGGCCCCAUUCUAUGGCCUGAACGACCGCGUACCUAUUCUACUCACAAUCCUGCUUGGUCUACAGCAUGCUCUAACCAUGAUCGGCUCCAUCGUCUCGCCACCUCUUGCCAUCGCCUCCGGUGCUUUCAAGUUUGACCCGAACAUGACGGCCUAUCUCGUGUCAACAGCCUUCAUCACUACAGGCAUCGCCACGGCGCUUCAGGUUACGCGCCUCCACAUCAUGAAGACGCCCUUCUUCGUUGGCACCGGGCUGCUCUCCGUGGUGGGACCGACAUUCGAUAUCCUCCCGAUUGUGUUUAAUUACGCGGCUCUCCGAUACCGCUCUGGAACCUGCCCCGUUGCGGCUGGUGGCACCCAGGGAUCUUGCCCUGAUGCCUGGGGAACUUGCUUGGGAACGAUGCUCUGCUGCGUCUGGAUUCAGAUAGCCAUGGCCUUUAUCCCACCCAAGACGCUCAACAAGGUCUUUCCCAAGCUCAUCACCGGGAGUCUCCUCACACUCGUCGGCGUCUAUCUCAUCGGAAAUGGCCUGCAGAACUGGGGUGGCAGCUCCAACUGCCACGGCGGAGAGGGUUUCUAUGCUCUCUGCCCCAACAGCGCUGCUCCAAGGCCUCUUCCGUGGGGUGAUCCAAAGUUGAUUGGUCUUGGCUUCAGCGUCUUCAUCUCCAUCAUCAUCGUUGAGACCGUUGGGGCUCCACUGAUGCGUUCUGCGUCUGUUAUUGUCGGUCUUGCUGUGGGAUGCAUCAUCUCUGGAGUUACCGGAUACUGGUCAACCGAGCAGAUUCAUCAAGCACCAAGAGGGACUUUUCUUUGGGUGCACACCUUCAAGUUGUCUGUGGAUGGCGCUCUCGUUCUUCCCCUGAUCAUCAUGUUUGCCUGCCAGGCCGUCAGCUGCAUUCCCGAUAUCCUGGCAACCGCCGAGCUCUCCGAUGUGGCCAUUGAAGGUACCGAAUUCAACAGCAGAAUCCAAGGAGGCAUUCUCUGCGACGGACUCGGCAGCUUCUUCAGUGCGCUCGGCACUGGUCCCCCGCUUGUGUCUCAGGCGGGGAACAACGGCGUCAUUGUUCUCACAGGAUGCGCCUCCCGUCGUGCAGGUUGGGCAGCGAGCGCAUUUCUGAUUCUGAUGGGCAUUAUAGCCAAGUUUGGGGCUGUAUUUGCAUCCAUGCCACCUUCUGUACUCGGCGGCAUGCAGGUCUUCCUGUAUAGUACGAUUGCUGUUGCCGGCAUCCGUGUUUUGGCACUGAUUUCCUGGACACGACGUGAUCGCUUUAUCCUCACCGUGGCAUUAGGUAUUGGCUUCAUGGAUAUAUGUCAGCCAGCCUGGUUUGCCAGCAUUCUGGACUAUAACGGGUCGAAUGCGAACCUAGUGGGCUUCCUGCAAGGCAUUAACUUGGCUGUCGAGACGCCCUUUGUUAUUGCUGCAAUCGUUGGUGUUAUUUUGAACGGGGUAUUACCAGGGGAUAAAACUACCCUUCCAAAGGCUACUUUAACUUAA